AUGAAAGCACUGACGACGUCCCAAUCACGAGUAGUAACACAUCCAUAUGAGCCUUGUACAACUGUCAAUGUGGUAGCGGGACCUGGGUCUGGCAAGACCGUGACACUACUGCAUAAAGUCUACAACCUGGUUUACGAAGGGAUUGUAGCUCCUAAUGAAAUACUAAUCCUCUCCUUGACAAAUAAAGCAGUGGAUAACAUCAAUGAAAAGCUUAUGGAGACAUUCCAAGAGGCAGAUUGCAACUUGCGAUGGUCUGCUGAGGAAAGGGUAGAAAUACUUGAGCAGAUAGACGUGAACACGUUCCACAGUCUCGCGAACAAGGUCGUGUUGGAAAACGAAGGACUUGUCAAUAUUAUUGAAGAAAAUGGCUGGCGGAGCCUCAUGCGGCUUGCAGGGAAGUCCUAUAAGGGCCGAUCCCGUCAUGACUGGACGCCGCGCGCUUUUGCGCGCAUGAUUCAGGACUAUAAGGAAGGCAGAAUCCAACCGGACAGAAUAGAUGCAGAGGCAAUUCUUGAGCUCAUGAAGACGUGCAAGGUUUUCACGAACGAAGAUCUCAUACACUUCUGCGCGAAGUUUCUUGCGGAUGCUGACCCGCAGACGGCCAGCGGAAUCACAGGCCAGCUUUUGAAUGACUACAAGGUUAUAAUUGUUGAUGAGGUCCAAGAUCUCUACCCACUUCUCUUUCCGAUGUUGGAAUUAAUCGCCGCCAAGAAGCAACUCAUAUUAUUUGGUGAUGAGCACCAGAGUAUCUAUGGGUUCCUCGGGAGUAACAAACUUUUUAUGAAACAGAUUAGUUCAAUGCGGCCUGCAGAAAAGAUGUUUACAUAUGAAUUGUACGACAAUUUUCGUUCUACACCAGAGAUUAUAGAUUUGGCACAGUCAGUUAUGGGCAGGAAGAUGCCACCCGCUAAUUUAGACCAAUAUGGACUGCAUAAAAAGUUACAGUGUGGGAUCAAACCGAUUAGCUUUACUUUGGAGGAUCCGCUUGAAGAGCUCUGUUUUCUGACUGAUCAAAUAUGUCAGCUGGUCUGUAGCUCUGCCAAGUUAUCAGACAUCGCAAUUCUAACAAGAACGAAUGAACAUAUGGAUAGAAUUGCCCGUGGACUGAAGAUAUUUGGCUUACCUGUUGAGAAGCUGACGGCCCAACCUCAAUGGAUGAACGAUCCGAGAAUAUUAUUUCUGAUCGACAUAAUGAAACUACUGGCGGCGGUGUGCCAGGAAGAGGGCGCUACCGAUGAAAGUCACAACCUAAAAAUGAAGACAGAUUUCAGCGUAGUUGUAACCUUAGGAGAGGGUCGAAGAGUUGGUCCUUCUCUGAUAAAUUCAAUUUACAAUGGAGCAAGGGCCAAGGGAACUUCAUGUUGGGAGUUAAUUAAUUCUAUUGAGUAUAGAAAGAGUUUACCUCUCAGAAGACAAAAAAUUGUCGCCACAUACCUAAAUGCGUUAUCUCCGUUGCUAGUUCGCAGCAAAUUUCAGGAGCUCAAUGUGCCCCUUGACCUCAUGAACGAACUAUCACAAUUAAUAGAACGAAUGGAUAUACCACUAUUUCAAGUUCAAAAUGAAGAACAAUUACAAGAAUUCAGGGAUAAUCUGCUCGAGUUCUACCAGAUAUUAAAGUUAUGCUCCUACAGUAGGCCGGCGGAUGUCCCGCUAAUAGCUUGGUUUGUGAAAACGUUCUUGGAACAGACCGUGCAACUCCAGAAAAAUGUCGUGAACAAAUUGUCAGGCCGAAAUACAAUCAAACUAUCCACGAUUCAUUCUUCCAAAGGAUUGGAAUUUCCGAUUGUGUUUUUACUUGGUCGGCUAGAUAAGCCUGUUUGGAGCGAUAAUAAUACCCUCUAUGUCGGCAUGACGCGUGCUCGCAACCUGCUCUAUAUGACAAACAUUAACCACCCAAAAACAAAAGCUAUUACCAAUAACGAACACCCCUACAUGAUAGAUAAUGCAUUUUUCUGGAAAUACUAUAAUAACGAUUUGGGAAGACCUUACAAGCCAAAUUUGGCAUCUAGAGCUCAAAAUUAUAAACAGUUGUUGGACAAGUAUCGCAUAACGACCCUUCAUAAACGUUCCUUUGUGACUCAGUGCAUUCCAAUUCUGCGACUGAGUAGGCGUAUUUUAAUUAACUAG